GCCGGCCAUUCGAACGACUUGCAUUUGGUCUCGGAGCAUUCUACCGAACGUUGUCCUGCGCCGUUAGUGCUGCGAACGCGCGAAAAAUCGGCGCGUUACGAAGAUGCGUCACGUGCAUCGUCGUACCUGAUCAACCUGUCGUUUUCGCCCGUUCGACAUCAUCACGUGCGUCCUGUGCCGAUAUUGCCGAUUUUGCUGACCAGUGCGCUUGCCGUCGCGACUUUCGCGUUCGAAAGUCUCCUCUAUUCCGCCGCGGGUCCGACGAAAUCUCGACCGAAAAGCAAAGUGUCCAGCAGCACGCUCUGAAACAUCGCUAUUCGUCCGUUACGCCGGCUCGCUCAAGUUUCUCCGUUUAAUCCGUUAUCGGGGAAAGUAUUACGGAUCGCCGGGACAAGUUGUGCUGUGGUGACUUGAAAUGAGACAUAGGAUUAGACGAGACUGAGUAGUAGCAAGGUGAGCUUUGCCGAAACGGCCAAUUGUCAAAACUCCCGGUCGGACUUCGAUUUUCAAAAGACCGCCGGUCUUGCGUCGACGCAGCAUCGAGAAACCGUUCAGUCACGAUCAUUAGAGAAUGACACGGACGUUUUCGUUGGGCCUGGUGGUGGCGUUGCUGCUGGCGCUCGCUAUUACCGAAGCCUCUCGUGGACGGGCUAAUCAGACGGACGGGCAGAAAGGACAGAGUCGCGGUAGCACGCGAUUCUAUUUACAAACGACGACAGAAUCGGAUAAUUUCCCCGCAUCGUCGACUGAAGCGUCGAAGCCGCAUCAGGAUAAAAGUACCCGCUCGGAAUCGAUUCCCGACUUAAAGAAACACGAGUCACAUGUCACGAGAGAAAGUUCGAUUGGACCACGAUCGAAACCGAAGCCGUCGAAAACGACAGGUGGUUCCGCGGAAAUUACGCCACGAACGAAUGCAAGACAUUUCAACUCCGAUCUCGCUAAUUCACGAAAUCGAUCAAAAUCGCAUACCUCGCAGUUUCCCAAGGAAGACGUAACGAAAGGUAGGCGGGAUGGCAAUCAAGAAAACGCGUUCGAGUUGCAAAUGCCGAAACGGCAGACAGCUUCGCGAAGAACGUCUUCGGAGGCGCCUACUCCUGUUCUGGAAAACAAUGGGAAACUGGAACUCGAGGUGUUGACGAAAUCGCCCAGUCGAUCGAGAUCACGCACGGGAAGGAAGAUCUAUACGAACUACAACGAGAAGGAACUAAACAGCCAAGCAUCACGCUCCAGGAGACUCCCCGUUAAGAACGCCGAGGAUAGCAAGAGUCCGAGUGAUGAAUCUAAAAACAGGGAUGCGAAAUUACAGUCAGAACGUUCGAGAAAAUUUGCAGAAACCAUGGAGAACAUCGCUUCGAAAGGGAACGUUCAUCUGGCCUCGAGAAGGAUGGACACGACGAACCCGAACAAUUCGAAUGAUCGGAAUAAUAAUAGCGACGGAAAAAUCGGGGAACAAGAUCUUCCGCUGUCGGGCUCCGAGAGCGUCAGGGUAAACAUCCCUCUGUCGGAGGUCCGGGAUGAUACAAACGCCGUUUCUAAUACUUCAACGUCCACCACGACCUUGUCUGUCAACAUGUCUCCGAGACAAGUCGCCAGACCGGUUAAGGAGAAGGUGGACAACAACGAUAUCACGAGAUCGAGCGCAAAGAAGAGCAGACAGUCUGACCGAUCCAAAUCACGUGGCAGAUCCAAGUCCGUGAAAAAUCAUGAUUUCGAGGCGACGAGUCCCGGUAACACCUCUCGUAAACGAGGCUCGUCCACGGCGGCAAUCGCGGAGACGAACGGACGAUCUUCCAACAUCAGAGGCAGAUCUAAGGCGAAGAGCUCCAACUCCCGGGGCCGUCCCGCGCCGAAAUCUAGGGACACCGCGACGGAGGCGAGAAGUGGCGGAAGUAGAGGCAGAAACGCGGAUGUCGAUCUCGGGACGAGCGCGAAUGCGCAGACGGAGGCACGACGUAGCUCACCCAACGACAGACGCAUAUCCGAGGCGAAACGCAGGUCCGGCGACAGCAGGUCGACGAAAUUUACGGAGACGAGAACGGAGGAGCGAGACGUUCGGGCGCAAUCCAGAGCUCGGUCACGCGUUGUCAGUGGCCAAGAUGUUACCACCGCGUAUAUACCAAAAGCGACGGCCGCCGAAACUACGACCGCUUCUUCUGCGGCCACAGAAGUUACGACAUCCAGUUCCAUCUCCUCGAUGAUCAGAACGCCGGCGGCUGCUCGAACGUCCACGACCGAUCGAAUAUCUCGUAGCAAAGUAAGGGACAGGGGAGAAAGUGCCCGAUCCAAGAAGCCUUCCAAGGAGGAUUUCUUUAAUCACGGUCUGGGCUUUCGCGGUCGAAAGAGCUCAACCGAAGGACCCUCCUCGAGUGUUGCGGAUUUGAAAACCACUACGCCAAAAAGCGAGACUCAAUUACACGGCAAUCCCGGAUGGACUCUUAGACGACGACCUGGUCACGUCAAUCACGAUGUUUCAUCGACUACCUCUACACCAAUUAAUCGCGACCAGGUCAAUGAAGUCAUUUCGCCCAGUGAUUCACCGAGGAGCACAUCAGAAGCGCCGUUAAGCAAUGCGAAAGCCAGCAGAAGAGGCACCAAAAGGCCAAAAGCGAAAGAGGAGAGCAAUAUCGUGUCGGGCGUUGCGGCAAAGAACGUGAUGAGGGGUAGCAAAACGUUCGAAAAAUCGAAAAAUUUCGAUCUACCUAGUAGAGUACAGCAGGAGGAGAGCGACAACUAUCCCCCUGCAUUCAAGGCAAGGCUGUCUCAACUGAAAAAUUCCAACCCGAAACCCACCGAAGCAAAAAGCCUAACUAGAACCAGUUCCCAGGAGCAUUCGAGGGAUACAUUCCGUCGGCAUAUACGGUCCAGCACGAAUCCGCAUGUAUCCGAAAAAAUCGAGACCGUGGGAAAUACGUUCGCGACAGAUGUAUUCUUAGACGUCGUUCCUACGAACCCCUUAACUUCGAUAUCCGACCCACACACGCGACACGCUACAAAACCAAGCUCAGCUCUAUUCUCCGAAAGGUCUAAGAUGAAACUGGAUUUAGCUAGGAGAUUAAUUAAACCCGAACUGAACGUCGACGAGAACGACUUUGACGUAACGACGACCCCUUAUUCUGGUAAAUCGAAAGCGAAAGAAUCCUCCGUACUUAGCGAGAGCAGAAAUAGAGAGAAAACAACGAGAACGACCAAAAUCAGCGGCUCUCGCAUCGCACAGGGAAGUCCCAUAAACGAAAGUACACAGAAAGAAAAGUCAGGUGUGAGAGGCAGGUGGAAAAUCGCGGGUACCCCCAGAAAAUCCUUGAGAAACCCGAAUCUCGACGCUUCGUCAGAGUCUCCCGCAACCAAGAAAAGCCGAGUGAUCUCCAAAAAUACAGUUACGCCUUCCUUCGUCGAGAAAACUUCCAAGAACAAUGUUGAGCUCAACGUUAUACCGCGCGAAAUCACAGUUUCACAUCGCGGCACCACUUCUUUGGAAGAAACAUCCGCCACGACUGUCGAAACAAUCAAAGUCCGAUCUCCAACGUCGCGGACCAACACGAUAUCGCGAGAGGAAACAUCGACAUUGGCCAUUGACAUACUGGACUCUAUAGACGAGAACAUUAUCGUCACGACCGAAUCUAUUGAACCGAUGAAGCUAGACAAGAUACUUAUCGAAACGACGACGAAGUCCGACCAAAUACGCAAAGUUUCCAACGUGCAAAGGGAAACCACCACCGCAGUACCGAGAGUUACACCGAUCAUGGACACUACCACAGGAUCCACCGGGUUCCUUACUACAGUACUCGCUCAAGAGAUCACUCUGUCGCCGGAUGUUACUACGUUAAGCAACUCGCACCUGUCACCCGCGAUCACGACGACAACAACGCCAAAGAGGCUAUAUCCCGUCUUCAUUCCCAACUCGAAGAACGAUGGCUCGCAGGACACGAGCGACACGACGAAGAGCACUUUCCGGCCUCGUUAUACGAAGCAGCAGUCGGACAAGGUGGCGGUCUCGAUGGUGACGUCGAGAACUGUCGGACCCACCAGCAGAUACAUCAGGAAGAAGUCGGGAGUCUUCACGCCGUUCGAUGCCAUCCCCAAAGUCAGUACGGAAACGGCGGUCACGCAGGCGAAACGACGCGAAUUCCGUCCACGAACGGCGACGUACAGGAGACACUCGGAGAUGCCGACCAGCUCCUUGGUCCAGCCGACAGUGGCCAAAGAGGAAACAGUCUCUGGCAUCACCAUCACGCCGAAACCGACCAAGUUCCACGCCAGUGUCAAGUCUUCCACCCCGGCCACCCGCUCGGCGUCCACUGAGCCAUUCGUCAGCGUGAAAAUUGACUCAUCUAGCGACAGUGCACCACGUCAGGUCGGCAUCACCGACAGCAGCAACGGCAACAGCGGCUCCAACGUCUUCAACCCUACUAGGAGCGCGUUCCUCGGAGGGAACACGACCACGUUGCUGGAGCAAUUGCGAAGCACUGUAGCACCGCUUCUGAGUACCCUCGGCAACAAGACCCCCAUCUUCUCCGGUUCUUAUUCCAAUGUGGAUACUAACGGGAAUUCAGCGCCCAGGAUAACGCCGAACGGUAGUCCGCCAAGAUUUAGCGCGAGGUACAAAGGAGCAGAGUUACUCGUGAGAAAACCGGCGAUCGGUCAAGCUGUGGUACCAUCGUACACCACGUCCUCGACCACGGCCUCGACGCCAAUAGAGAAUUCCAGUUCAGCGUCGCCCGUCUACGUCGUCAGCCCUGGCGAGCCGAGAUUCGUCACUUUUUAUCAGGCAUUAGAGUCGGCUAGCAUAAAAAACGAAAAUCUGCGCGCGGACAACGGUUCUCAACAACUAAUGGGCGGGUUAACGAAGGUAGACGCUAACGCUACUGUACCUAACGGCACCGGUAAUGACACUGCUAACAAUGACACUGCAAGUCCCACCACUACCGCAUCAAUCGAAACUACACCCCCCUCAGAAUCUACCGUAGACAUUACCACCACCACCCAGUCGGCAGACAUUACGCCCACUUCGGGGUUAGGCACGGAGAAUACCCCGGAGUCCACCUCGAUGACGGUCCCGACCCCCGCAAACCCGGACUCGAGCGAGGUAACUACCUCGUCGGAUGUUAACGGCGAUCAAACCACCCCGGUCCCCACCUCGGAAUCGACCCCUGAUAAUGCAAUAACGACUAUCUCGAGUACCCCAGAGCUACUUACCACCACCGAAUCGGUAGAGGUCGACACGUCGACCAGCGUCGCUGUAACUCCUACGGAAACAUUGCCCACCAUGAAAUCCACCCUCGACUAUAAAGAUGUACCCAUGAUAACGACUACCACGACAAUUCCACAAACAUCUAGUGAAGCGUCAGAUUUAACCACCACCGAAAGCAUCACCGAAAGCGUCACCGAAAGUGUAACACCAUCAGAAACGACGGAUGUUCCGGUCAACGACGCAACGGAGAGUACCAUGCAACGGCCGGACGUAACAACCGAAACUAACAAUGCGAUUGACGAUGUAGAGACGAACACUAUACAACAAUCCGACGCUAUAAUGUCGACGAGUAUGCCUGAGGAUGGGAACGAAGAUAUAGAAACCAAUACCAUACAGCAGUCCGACAUGACGACGUCUCAAAUGACAGAAGUCACAAGCAUCACCGAGCAGUCCACCACGGAGGAGAUCUCCAACAAUGUGAUCGAAAUCCAGACCACGCAGGCACCCAUCACCACGCCCACGUUUCGAAACCGAGUGAUCGAUUUCGCGCAAGACAUUUUGUCGCAUUUACAGACUAUUUACUCAACCACAACACGCAUCUCGGAGGCCGCGUUGAUGAGCACAGAAAAUCCUAUGCAGUUGACCACUAUGCCAGCAGAAGUUACGAGCGUUGAGACAACGUCGUCGUUGCCGAAUACAGAGACAACGAUCGGUCAAAAUAUCGACACAGGCGACGCGGAUUCAGGCCAGACGACGGACGCAACGAAUGGAUCGCGAGAAAUGACCACAGUAGGUUUGGAUACUACGUCCUCGAGCGACGAGACAGGAAAUCAGUCGUUAGAAUCCGAAUCGACGACAGCGAUGCAGGAUACGCGUAGUCCAGAGAAUUUGCCGGGAGACACAACGAGCGCGGAAGUCGCGACUGUCACGUCGACGCCGAUCUCGCGAGAUUUCACUACGACCAGCGGGCUUCGGUCAUUUAACGACACGUUGCUCACCGACCUAAUGACCAUCGCGAAGAGCCUUUUUUCGGAAGCGAUGAACGACACGCGACUCAUGCCGGGCCAUAUCACCGACAUUGAGGCAAUCCAAGUGAGCGGCAUAGGAGAUAACGAAAGGGAUCGACUUGUGUCCUCGGACGACACUUUAGCCACGACCCCGCCACCCUCACAGCCAACCACGGCUGACGCGGUUCCUGAACUAAUUACUAAUCCAACUCAGUCGUCUAAUAACAUCGAACAGCAGACUACUCCGAGCAACAAUGUCGAAUCGUUGAGUUUCAUUACUAACAACCCCCUUAUAACCGACUCUGUUAGCACAGACCUAGUGCUCACUGAUGCAAACGAGUCCAUAGACACGUUGAAUAUAGAACUAACAGAAUUAACUACUAAUGUAGCCGCUACAGAAGCAAGCGACACGCAAAUGAAUGCAGUAGAUACCACUAACCAGGCUCCAGAACCAACCAGACCUGCGUCCGACCUGCAGGUCACCAAUGAUCAAUCCCCCGUAGCAAACGUAUCGUUUACCACCUCGACGAGGGUAUUCGAUGAUAGCGUGACCAACACGACCGAUACAAGCGAUAUUCAGGCAUUUAGUACAGAGCCUUCAACAGAAGCAGCUCGUCUAGCUAAUCUAGUUAACUCCACUGACACUACCACUAAUCAGUCCAACGACGUAACAACAAACGCUCUCACUCAAACGCUAAGCGAUCUCGUAAGCGAGAGUCCAAAUCUGAUUACCCAUUUCCAGGAUAUGACGGCAACAACCGCCCAAGGGACGGCAGAUUCAGGAACCAUUCAACCCGAGCAAACGACCGAAACCAUCAUUUCCACAACACUUUCAGCCGCACUAAUGUCGACCAAUCCUACCAUGCUCCCUGAAUCCACCACUAUCAUCGAUACCACCAGCACGUUGACGCCGGUCGAACCGACGGUAGCGACCACAACGACGACAGAACCGACAGUCACGACCACAAUGACGACUGCGACCUCGACUGUUCAUACGACGCUUGAGCCGACAUCUGAAACGACUACUUCAAGUAUGGAUAUGGACGAACUCUCCACUGAACUGUCCUCGACUACAGAAGGCACAACUGUCAUUCCCAACGAGAGGGAUGACUCGAACAUGAUAUCGGACGAUGACCAGGAAAUGACCACCUCGACGAUGACGCCGACUACGACGACGAUGACGAUGACGACGAUCACGAACACUGCACCACCAGCCACGAGUGCGCCGACCACAUUCUCCAAAACAAAGACCGCGAGUUUCGGUCAAGGGGUGAAACAAACAGGUCCACCAUUUGCAUAUGGCGCCUUCAACACGAUCCCUUACAUGGGACGAUUCGGCGGUAGUUCGAUGACACCGGCGCCCAGGCUCGGCUACUCCUCCUCCUCUUCCUCGUCCUUCAGCAAGGCGCCGGUUCGCGACUACCUGAUUUACGGUAUCUAUCCGAAUAAGACCAUCGUGAGGAAGCGGCCGGAGGACAAUCUGAUCGACCCCAGGAACGUCGACAGCCCGUACGUGAUAUUCGGCAUCUAUCCGGAUGGCAGAUUAGUCCGAAAGUUUCCUAACGGGACUAUAAUACCGGACUCGCCCAGGAAUCCAGUCGAGGUUGUGUUCACGCUUAGCACUACUACUACUACUAACCGACCAGCACCCAGGCCGUAUUAUAACCAGGCUAAUAACCAGUACCAAGCCCCGGUGUACUAUAAUAAUCGUAGACCCGUGGAUGAGCUGACGAGAAUUGUCCAGAGCCCCAGCCCUGUUGAUAUUGGACUCACUGCUAACGCAAUCGGCGUACCCUUCGGAGGUGGGCCCUAUUUCACGGGACCACUCGGUACCCCUGCUAGCACCCUGGGCGCAAAUAAAAUGAGCGACAUAUUGUUAAAUACACGGAUGGGUACACUACCAAACGCAGCGUCGACAAUUGGUAAUCUGCAAACGCCAAUUACAAAUAGCGUUCAAACGCAAGAUCCAGUUGGUCGUAUUUUCCAAGAUCAUGACAAGAGUGAAGCUUCUCGAACGAGAGUAACAUCGGAUCAACGUUCCUCCGUAUAUAUCGGACAGGAUAAAUUCAUUAAUUAUCAGAUCGAUAGAACACCUGUAGUAAAUCCAAAAGUAGUUGAUGUGAAGAUAAAUUCAGUGGCUACCUCUGUGAACGAAGGUACAGCGUCAACCGUAUCGUCAGUUCCGUCCUUUGGAAAUUUACUAGACAAUCAACAAUCGGGUGGUAUAAUAACAGCAUCUCCUGGUUUCCCUUGGAGCGAUCCUCUCGAUCAGAUAUUCGGUAUUACCACCAAUUCACCUGUACAAACAGCAUCCGUGGCGUCGAACCAAUUGGACGAGUCGGAGGAGAACAAUGUCAUGCGUCCUGUAAAUUCCUUCGUAGAAAUAUUCACGCCAACUACAGGCGGUGCAAGCCUAACGAGUCCUAAAGGAAGACUAGUAGCAUCAACCAGCUCAGCAACGUCAACAACCACUCCUACAACUGCUACUACUUCUGUUACUAGUAACACUGCUACUACAUCAAUGCCUAAAACCGCAGUUACGACAAAGAGUAAACACCCGGCAAAAACUGCUACUAUUCCCGCUACUACUACCACUACUACACCAGCACCUACAACCGUAGCAACAACUACCGCUGCUGUACACACUACCACUACCACCACUACUACAACGACUACUACUACAACUACAACUACUUCAACAACAACUCCUGCAACAACUAUUACAAGUGCUACUACUCCCCAUCUUAUAACAAGUGCACCCAUCGCAACUUCUAAAGUUACGCCAGGCGUGAAGAAAAAUUUGGACGCAUUACCAAUUUUGCCUAGAUCUACGGCAAACGUACUGAAUGAUUUGCAGACCAACACAAAGGAGAAUGCCUUUGGUACAUCGUUCGGAGAUUUAGCCUUCUUAAAUUCACUGUUACAGAAUAACAACUUUAAAACCGAAAACUCCACACCGAAAACGCUGAGUGAAGUGGAGCAAAUAUUAGCAAACAGGAUUUUAGGGCUUGCACUAGGAAAACCAGGACCGACGCGAUCCUCGAAAGCAGUUAAAGAUUUUGGUUUGAAUGUGAACGAUAAUUCCAUCAGCAAACAUCCGUCGUCCAGUCAAUCUUCGCAGCCUAUAAUAAUUGACCUGUUACCGUAUUCGAGCGCUAACGAACUCGUAUCAACCACAAAGAAAUACACGGAUGCAAGCACGAUUGCGUCGACACGAUCCACCACACCAAUUACAACAACUAGGCCACCAGUUGUCAUUACCGCUAAGCCUAAGACAACAGUUAGACCAAAAAUCACUACGCAAGCACCAGCGGGAUUUGGUGUGAAUUUAUGGCGAGCAUUGUUCGGCGGCAAUAACUUCUUCGAAACAACUACAGCGAGCACUAUGAGGAACACGAGGCAAAAGCCCACAGUUAAAGCAGUAACUUCAAAACCUGUUGCAACUACACAGAAAUCUAUUGAGACAACUCAGAAACCGAUACAAUCGACACCGCUUAUUAGUUAUAUUAUGUCGGCAGCUCCAGUUAAAUCGCACACAACCGCGAGAAGCGUAGAUAUCACGAAUAUUCAAGUAUCCCCGACGAAGUUACUUUCAGACAACAUUAAUUCUGCGUCCAGCUCGUCGCCAAGCUCGACGCCAAGCUCGAUCUCAAUCACGCAGCAAACGUUGUUAAAUAAUCCGAAUCCUAGAUUGAACGGUAUCUCUACGUCCACUUUUUCACCCGAGGAUGACGCAAAAUUCUUGGUUGCGCUUCUACGAGCCAUACAAACGGAAUCGAAAACGAGUACGUCUGCGACAUCAAUAGGAAUAACUGAGGACGACGAGGCCUUUUUGAGGGCAAUUUUGAGUAAUCAGAUUGUUACUACUACUACUGCCGCACCAUCUUCUACCGAAAUAAAUCCUGCCGCUUUAUUGGCAUUACUUUUAAAGCAGCAAGGUAUAGAACCAUCGACACCAGCAACGAAACUUAGAGAACAAUUACAAUUAGCUAGUCUAGGUUUGACCACUCAAUCAAAUCCAACUACGAUGUCGACAACUGUUCGACCAAUGACAAUAGUCACCGAUAGAUCGUCCUCCGUUUCGCAUACUCCACGUACAGUCAGUACGACAAAAAAAGUAACAUCGAGACCAACCGCUAGACCAACCUCCAGACCAAAGCUACAAACUACGACAUGGUCUCCCAGUUCAACGUAUCCACCGCCUCUUUUUGGAAGUUCUUUCUCGACUGGAGAAAGUAAUUCCGGUAGCGGAUUCGCUACUGCCACUAGAGCUUUUGGUCAAUUUCUUGGCGCUGCAAUUUCGGGGGCAGCUCAACAGUUACAAUCCUUGAUAAGAAAUGGUACUAGAAACUAGUUGGAUAUUAAAGGACAGUAAAGAAGAAUAUAUGUUGAUGAUUAAAUAAUGACCUGGAGACAAGUGUCAGGAUUGAGAUUGCGAUAAUUGUUAAAUAAUGAAGAAUAUACUUGCCACUUACUGCUGAAAACAUGCGUACAAUAGCAACAUGAGAUCCGAUGAAAUGCUAGAAAUAUUUAUUUUAAAUGUGCCUGUAUAAAACAAGCUUGUACUCAUAAUGUUUGUAACGUGAACAUUAUGGAUAAGCAAGUUUCGAAGAUAUAGAAUUUUUUUAGCUGAUUCAUACUUGUAUAUGAAAUAUUGGACAUUGAAUAUCGUGAUAGCGUCCUUUCAAAACCAUGCUCAACAACAGUGGAGAUUGGACAAAUGUAUGCUGAUGGAGAUAAGGUUACUGAUAAAAUGCCAGAGAGCUAACGAAAUAAGGAAAAAUUUAUACAUUUUGAAUUACGUGUAAAAACAGGGUAUAGACAGAGUAUACAUAAUUUUCAACGAUAAAGGAAAAGCAUAGUGAUGAAUAAUGGACGGACUGUGCAUUGACGUGCGAAAGUUUGGUGAAAGAACUAAAUAUAUUUCUGCGAUAUAAAAUUUAUCAAUAUAUUAAAACGUUUUGUUGCAAAAUCUAAUCGAUUGGCUAAUUGUAAGUAAAAUGCCAUACGUCGCGAUAUCAUGACUCAUAAUUUAUUACUUUAUGUAUGUUGAGUUCAUAAGAUCAAAUAUAACGUACAUUUACGAAUAAUAAUUUUUUCCAUUUAAAAAUAACGUAAUAACUGUUCCUUCGUACCUCCGAUAUAGUUACGUACUCGAUAAGUCUGUAUAUAUGUAUAAUUGGCUAUUACUAUGUUUUGUAAUAAAAUAAUUGUAGUUAAAAGUUUACAUUAGUAUACGAGCAUUAAGACACCAAUUAUUUACCAGUAAAGUAUUUCGAUGUAAGUAAUUGCCCUUCUUGCGUGGUUGCUAUAAUAUUUAUUCAAAAUACGUAUCAAAUGUCUUGUAAUUGAUGUACAUUCGCAUAUUAGACGAAUGUACACAUUAAACACAAGUUACGUUACCAAUUUA